AUGAGCGGCACAGGCGCCAGGUCCAGCCACCUGUCCCAGCCGGUCGUGAAGAGCGUGCUGGUGUACCGCAACGGGGACCCCUUCUUCGCGGGGCGUCGCGUUGUCAUUCACGAGAAGAAGGUGUCCAGCUUCGACGUCUUUCUGAAGGAGGUGACGGGUGGCGUCCAGGCGCCCUUUGGGGCGGUCAGGAACAUCUACACCCCGCGGAGCGGGCACCGCAUCCGGAAGCUAGACCAGAUCCAGAGCGGGGGCAACUACGUGGCCGGGGGCCAGGAAGCCUUCAAGAAGCUCAAUUACUUGGACAUAGGAGAGAUGAAGAGGAGACCUAUGGAAGUUGUUAAUACAGAGGUGAAGCCCGUAAUGCACAGCAGAAUCAACGUGUCCGCGCGCUUUAGAAAAUCGCUUCAGGAGCCCUGCACGAUCUUCUUGAUUGCAAAUGGAGACCUCAUAAAUCCAGCCUCUCGCCUCCUCAUCCCCAGAAAAACCUUGAAUCAGUGGGAUCAUGUGCUACAAAUGGUCACGGAAAAAGUCACUCUGAGGAGUGGGGCUGUCCACAGACUUUACACGUUAGAAGGAAAACUUGUUGAGAGCGGGGCCGAGUUGGAGAAUGGGCAGUUUUACGUGGCCGUCGGCAGAGAUAAGUUUAAGAAAUUGCCUUACAGCGAAUUACUUUUUGACAAGUCCACCAUGAGAAGGUCCUAUGGUCAGAAAGCCUCUUCACUACCUCCGAUUGUAGGAUCCAGAAAGUCUAAAGGGAGUGGAAAUGAUCGUCAAUCCAAGUCAACGGUUGGAUCCAGCGACCACACGUCCCCUCAGCCCCCAAAGAGGAAAGGGAAAAAAGAGGAGGUGAAUUUAGAAAAACCCAAGAAAGGGAAACAGAAUGUAAAGUUAAAGAAGUCACCACAAAUAAGUCCAAACGGUGGUGAAGGCGUUUUCCAGGCGGGAGCAGAGAGGUCUGAGACACGGGGGGCAGCAGAAGUCCAGGAAGAUGAAGACACGCAAGUGGAGAUCCCGGUUGACCAGAGGCCAGCGGAAAUUGUGGAUGAGGAGGAAGAUGGAGGAAAAGCGAACAAAGAGGCAGAGCAGAAAGAAGACUUUUCAGGAAUGAACGGUGCUGCUGAAGGAGGAGGAGAGGAGGUGGCACCAGGUGCCUCCGAGCAGGUGGAGGGUGUCCCGGGUCCCAGCGAGGAGCCGGUGGCCCCCGCCCGCGUUAACGGAGGCACCGAUGAAGAGAAUGGCGAGGAGCUGGAUCAGGUUAAUCCCGAGCCUCAGGAGGCAGUGGAGGAGGAAGUCAAGUCGCAAGGAGCUGGCAGUGCACAAGGCGAGACUGACUUAGACCCUCAAAGACCACCAAGACCAGAAGUAAAAAUCACGAGCCCGCAAGAAAACGAGAAUGAACAAAACAAGGACUAUGCUGCCGUAGCAUAG